AUAAACUAUUAAUUUAACAAGGCCUUAUAUAAACUAUUAAUUUAAUUUGAAGAAAAAUCUUAAAUAAAUUGAAACAAUGAAGUUUCUCGCCGAUUCUGUAGCACGUGCUCGAAUUGGUACACUGAGUGGAUUCGAAAGAAUGCCUAAUGUAUCUUUUGAAACACCCCUACUUAUGAUUUAUACAAAGGGUGGCGGUGUACCACAUUUAACAAAAGAUGUCUUUAAAAUGGUAACAACAAAACAACAAUUGUUAUCUGUUUCACUUCCCUCAACCAUAUCAAUGAAAGAUACUCUUAAAGAGCUUAAUAUUUCUUUUGCUGAAUUCGUCUGCAUGGAGGAGUAUAUCAAUUUUUUAUCAAUACACGAUAUUGCAUAUACCACAAAUUCUGGCUUCCAGCGAUUGGACUCUAUUUCACUUUGGUCCAGAACAGGAAGAGUAUUUCUUACUGCUAAAGAUUACAUGGAGAUUGUGCAGGCUUUUAAACCAGACUUUUAUGUUGCUUUGUGUGAUGGAGAUACAAAUGUGAACAGUAGUGCAAAACGAGUGUCAAAGGCUGUAUCUCGAAGUAAAGUACUACUAGAACAAUGUUUAGAUAUACACCUGGGCUCAGACACAUUGAAAUCAAAAGGAAUAUUGGGGCCAGUAGAGGGUGGGUAUAAUUUGGAAGCCAGAGAGGAAUCGAUAAGUUAUUUAAAGGAUAAGCCUUUAGCAGGAUUUGUAAUAGAUGGGUUACACAACAAUGGUCCAAGUGUGCAAAAUGUUUCGUCAGAACAAGUAAAACAAGUAGUCCAGCACACUAUUAAUUUACUGCCUGCUGAUAAAGUAAGAGUAUCAAUGGGCUGCUGGAAUCCAACUACAGUGCUUGAUCUUAUUGAGUUAGGAGUAGAUAUAUUCGACUCGUCCUACCCUUAUGUAAUCACUGAACAAUCUAAGGCUUUGAAUUUCAUGUGCGAUUGUUCUGACACUUGUGCAAGUGAUGAGUAUGCAAUAUCAGUAGCAGAGAAAAGGUACAAAGAUGACUUCUCUCCUAUUUGUAAGAAAUGCACGUGUAUCACAUGUAAAAAUCAUACAAAAGCGUAUCUCCAUCAUUUGCAGCAGACCAAAGAAAUGCUCGGCUCGGUUCUUCUAAUGAUACACAACACACAUCAGUACCUUGACUUUUUCACAGCCAUUCGUGACAGUAUAAGAAACGGAACGUUCAAUCAACUUCGUACAAAAUUUGUUCAAAAAACGUUACUUAGCAACUGUAAAUCUGGAAACUAAGUUAGUCACAUAAAAAAUUCGGAUCGAGAUAGUUGUAAGAGGAGGAAUUGCUGAAACUGUGUGGGAGAUAGUCUUGGUCGUAAC